AUGGAUGCGACAUGCUAUGGAUCCGCGACUAGCGCUGGGACGCUGAAUUCUCGAGAUGGCUCCCCGCAAGCGAAUGACACCAGCCAGGCGACCAAGUGGAUCCAGAGCACCCACAAGGCCCUUGAUCUGCAGGAAUGGAUGAGCACCACACCAAGUCCCAAGAUCCCCGGGUUGGCUUCCUUCCUGCAAUACAUUCGCCAUGUGUUCGAUGGAGACAUGCUGGACAAACAGCUGUACUUCAGCCUGACCCGGCGACGGCGAUUCAAGCGACUCGAUCUCCAGGUAUGCUCACAUUGUCGGGAAGCCAAGCGACUCGAUAAGGUCGAGCAUCUUGAUAUCGAGAAACCACACUUUGUCCGGAGCUGUGCAAGCUGCCAUACGCUGUGGGAUCGAGACGUCAAUGCAGCCAGGAAUAUGAUCUCGGCCCUCGGCAGCCCGUCCUCCACGGCGCCUUCCCCGACUUCGGCCUCUGUACCUCGGAAUCUGGGUGAUCCACAAUCGGCCCCUGUCGAUGUCUCCGCCUUGAGCAUAGAGCCGUAUCCGAAGGCUCUGUCUUUCAUUGCUUCAUGGCUACUGAACGUGCUCGCCCCGAACAGCGUCACAUCAAUCAAUGAUGGAAAGACCACGUUUGCCUAUGUCGAAAAUAUGAGCAGCUUUCUGAAUGCAUCGAUGGCUUUCGGCGUCGACAAAAAGUACAGCUUUCGAGCACUGGAUUUUGUCCAGGGCAAGAACUGCGAGAGCAUGGUACAAUUUUUGCUUGCCUUGGCUGUCGCAGCCGAGUCCAAGAAUAUGGCUUUGUUCGACUGGGCUGGCGAGUCUAGUGCCCCGCGGAGCCUGCUGUCUCAGCUUGAGGCAAAGCACCACACCGAGCGUACCGAGUCCCAAGCCGAGACCAAUCCCAUCCAGCGCAUCUAUGCCAAACUCGACACGCUCGAGGCACAUAAUAACAAACUCUCUGGUUUCUCGGACUCGCUUGGAUCGAAGUCGCAUUCACGCUCUAACACAGUCAAGCAUCGAACGUCGGCGGAAAUGGGCAGCUUGGUAUUGCCAAAGUCGCCAGAGGAGUUCCAAACAGCCAUUGACUCGAUCGCACACCGACUUGGCGACCUCAUCACGCAGCAGAGUGACAUUAUCGAGAAGAUCUUGGAGUGCUCGCGAAACAGAAGCCACUCGUUUGGUUUGAGCAGCACCGAUGUCGACACCGACGAUACCGGCCCCGAAGAAGGCUCGAGGUCUCGGUCACAUCAGCGGGAAUCCAGCAGCGAGCCAUUCUUUGACCAAAACAAGGCUGCUGCACCACAGACACCAAGCACGCCAAAGCUGUUUGCAAAGCUUCCUGCUGAAGUGAUGAAUGCUGGCCUGCCCAAGCCAGAGUUGAUGCGACUCUCGGUUGUCUACGAGCUCAUUGAGACCGAGCUAGACUAUGUCCGGGAUCUGUCCGUGAUGAUCAAUAUCCAUCGAAAGGAAGCCGUGGCCAAGCAGAUCCUGACCGAAGAGGAAGUGGUGCAGAUAUUUUCAAACAUCGAGGACCUGCUCCCAGCAAACCAAAAACUUGUAGAUCUGCUUGUUGCCAAGCGAGACGGCAAUCCCAUUAUUGAAGAAGUCGGCGAUGCCUUCCAGGAAUCCUCGGAAGGACUCAAGGUGUAUCAGUCGUACUGUGGAAAUUACCCCAGCGCGAUGCGGCUUGUCUCGGAAAUAGCCAAGAGUCGACCUGAAUUCAAGGAGUGUCUGCAGCAAUGGAUGAGCAAUCCUGAAUGCCGCGGCUUGAGCCUCGAGUCCUUCUUGAUCAAGCCUGUCCAGAGGAUAUGCAAAUAUCCGUUGCUGAUCAAGGAACUCCAGCGACACACACCUAAAACCAGCAAGGACUCUGGCUCCCUGGCAGUUGCUAUGGAAAAGAUCGAGGCUGUUGUUACACUCGUCAACGAAGCCACGCGAUUGCUGGGAGAGAAGGAGCGGAUCCUGACACUCCAAUCCAAGAUUGAUGGUGCAGGGGAGCCGCUCCAGCUUGAAGGCAAAAAGCUACUUCGGGACGGACCCGUCUUCAAAAUCAUGGAGGCCGUGCCAAAGGGCCACAAGUUUGUGUUUCAUGUGGGCGUUGUUGGAGACAAAAAGGAUGUCAUGAGCUUCUCUUGCUUGCUGGAAGACGACCGAAACAAGUGGAUCGAUGCUUUCUCCGAAGGAAUCAAGCUGGCCGAAGAAAGCUCCCGAAGGGCUGACAAACGCGGCUCCAUCGAUGGAUCCAAGCGCAGCAGCAAUGCCUUUGCUCGGACGCCAAGUCUGAAGAGGUCGCUCAGCCGCGCUCAGAGCGGAAGUCUAUUCAAGAGCAAAUGGGGUGGCUCAAAGACAAAGAGAACGACCAUGGACUUUGAUCCCAACGAAUCGAGCGAAGCCGAGAUGAAUCCAAUUGCCAUUGCGUCCGCGAUGUACCCAGAAACCGUGGAGAUUCAAGGACAGAUAUGGAAGCGCACGUUUGCAGCGACCUUACAAGUCUAUUACUACAAUCUGCAAACAAGGGACGUUAUCUGGAAGCUUCCAGAGGGCCACAAGGUACUCGACCAAAAGACCGAGUCACCCGGCGACAAGACAGCGUCCGUCGAUCCCGAGAUCUCCGAGAACCCUGAUGGCGACGACGAAGAGCCUGAAGAAGACGACGACGAUGAGUUCAUCGAGACCGAGGUUGUCGAGCAUGCCCCAGACUGGAGGAAGGUGGAUCGCGACGGCUGCGUAUACUACUACAAUCAACUGACGAUGGAGGUCUCCUGGGAUAUCCCACCGCACGCCGCGAAUGAAGCACACAUCUGA